AUGCAUGGCGCUCUUCCGCAUUCUCCGUUACAUCUGCGCGCUCUGGCCGACGUUGAAGAGCGUGUCUCGCAAGGGCACGUGCAUGAAGUUUCCAAUGUCAAGCCGUGGCACAUGUUUAGGAUUAUGAAUGUCCGGGAAACUCGUCUCGCAACUCUGAUCGCUCAUGUAAUGAUACUAUUCUCUACGUAUUAUUUAAUACCAUAUCCUCUUCAAUUGAUUCCCACAUCGGUACUGCAUGGACUAUUCCUGUACAUGGCACUCACAUCGCUGUCUGGCAAUGAGAUGUUUGAGCGAUUACUGCUACUCAUUACUGAGCAGCAAGCCUACCCGCCCACGCAUUACAUUCGAAAGGUUCCUCAACGAAAAGUUCAUCUGUUCACCGCUUGUCAACUUCUCCAACUGAUUAUACUGUGCGCGUUUGGCUUCUCUCCAUAUCCGUUCAUCGAGAUGGUCUUCCCUAUCGUGUGUUUCUUUUUCCUGCCAAUC